AUGGAAGGCCAGGAGGGCUUACUGGCAGAAGCCAGCAACAAGCUAGAGCUGGAGUUCCUGUCCUUGCUCGGCCAGGGUGCUUUUAGCAUGGUGGUGCUGGCCCAACUCGUGCCUUCGGGGACACACGUAGCUGUGAAGGUGGCCACGGAUGAGGCAGACAACCCCCGGAGUGUGAUGGAUCUGCUGCAUGAAGCGGACAUCCUCAGCACCUUGCAGCAUAACCACAUCAUCCGGCUGCUGCAGGUGGGUCGAGUAGGCCAGCAACUCUGUCUGGUCAUGGAGCUAGCGGAGGGAGGCACCCUGAGGAGCCACGUGAUAGACCGCGGUGGGCUGACGGAGGAGGAGGCAAAGGACCUGCUGGGCCAACUGCUGGAGGCAGUGGAGUACUGCCACGCGCAGCGCGUAGCGCACAGAGACCUCAAACUAAGAAACAUCCUGUUGGACACCAACAUGCGUGUGAAACUGGCAGACUUUGGGUUCAGCUGCCGGCUGCCGGAGGGCCAGCUGGUAAGAGGCUUCUAUGGGACUCCCGAAUACAGUGCCCCAGAGGUAUUCCUGUCCCGGCCCUAUGACCCUUUCAAGGCCGACCUGUGGAGUGUGGGAGUCAUCCUGUUUAGGAUGGUGACUGCGGACUUGCCCUUCAAGGGCUCAGACGAGAAGGAGGUGCGGCGCUCCGUGCUCUGCGGCAACUAUGAGCUGCCCUUCCAAGUGAGCCAGGAGAUGGAGGAGCUGCAGGGGUGGCUGCUCACCUGGAACCCCAACCAGAGACCCACGGCUUCCCAGGCCAGGCAGCACGCUUGGUUUAGGCCCCAUCCAGGGAAAAAAGAUGAGGAGGUCACCUUUGUGCAGCCCCUGAGGAUUCCUGAAACCCCAGAAGCCCAGAAGUAUCUGGAAGGUCUAGGGUUGCUGCCAGCCUCAAUGCACUCAGGCCCUGGGAGCCAUAGACUGAGGCAGGACGUGAAGAACAAGGAGCAAUUCCUGUCCUGUGAGAUCUCAGACCCUGGCCAAGGCUCUAGUCUCAGCCUACCUGUGCUGCUACGCAGGGUGUCUUCGCUCAUUGACUGCAGAGGCCAAGGCCAAGGCUCUAGGCACAACCCACCUGUGCUACUACGCAGGGUGUCUUCGCUAAUGGACUGCAGGGAGGUGCAGAGCGAGUCCUCAUCACCACAAGGCCAGGAGGAGGCCAAGUUUGAGUCAUCCAGUAGAGGUACUUUUCUUGCCUCUUCCCUCCCCUGCCAGGAGCAGCAGGAGAGGGCCCCCAGUCCCAGUGCAACCCAGGAGCCUGUCCUUGUGGACUUCCUGUCCAGCAUCAGUACCAGAACCAAGAAAAGUGCAGAACAGGUGGAGAUGGAGGUCCCAGCAGCCAAGCCCGAGGAGCCCGGGACCCCAGCAGCCCAACCCAUGGAACCUGGGACUCCAGCAACCCAACCCAUGGAGUCUGGGACCCCAGCAGCCAAGCCCAAGGAGCCUGGGACCCCAGCAGCCCAACCCAUGAAACUUGGAACUCUAAUAGUCCAACUCAUGGAGCCUGGGACCCCAACAGUCAAGCCCAAGGAGCCUGGGACCCCAGCAGCCCAACCCAUGGAACUUGGCACUCCAGUAGUCCAACUCAUGAAGUCUGGGACCCCAACAGCCAAGCCUAAGGAGCCUGGGACUCCAGUAGCCCAACCCAUGGAACCUGGGACCCCAGGAGCCCGACUCGUGGAACCUGGGACUCCAGCGGCCCAACCCAUAGAGCCUGGGAUCCCAGCAGCUGAGCCUGUCGAGGCCACCUCCUCCACUGCUAUCACCUGGAACGACACAGGACAGGUAGCAGCAGAUGUUCCUGUAGCAAAGCCUGAGGAGCUUGAGAGCUCAGCUGUGACCUCUGUCCAGAGUCCAGGCUGGAAGGGCCUGGGCAGAAGGUUUGGCAGGAUGAUGAUCAGGUUCCUGAGACAAGCCUGCUGCAUGGGGGCACCCCCAGACACCAACAGUGGCCCUAGCAUUCGCAGUCGAAAAGUGGUCCCCUGCUAG